UAUCGGCCGGGUAAAUUCGGGUAAUACCCGUUUGCUUAAAUAUCUGUGCUGACGUAAUAUAUAUUGAGUUUUAAUAUUUUGUUUGUAAAUGGUUUAAGUUAAAAAAAUCUUUUUGUGAAAAAAAUGGGAGUUUCUAGUUCAAAGAGGAGCGAAAUGGGACUCGACAGCUCAAGAGUACCUCAGCUAACAGGAUAUAAACAUAAAGGUCCUGCAGGACCGUUCGUCAUCAGUGGGCGCCGAGUUCCAGAUGAAGCAGUAGCACAUGACAACAAUCGCCAGAUCGCAAAAGCCAUUGAAGCAUUUAUGGAUGUUCUCCAAUACACUGUUGUAACUGCGGAACUGCUACCUCAUAUAACAUUUCUGCAUUCUGGUGAUUUCCCAUCAACAGAUUCGCAAAGUCAGGCAUUCCAUAGAUUAUGCACACUGGUAAAUCAGUCUGAAGAACCUGGAAACUGGCAAACUUUCAUUACAGCUCUCGAACGUGCAGAGUACACGUAUGUUGUAAAUCUUCUUCGAGGAGAAAUUGAUAACGACGGCCACGAAGACAGAGAAAUAUUAAACAUAUUUAGGCCAAUAAUAAUCAAGAACAUAAGCACUGCAGAAGUGCUUGAUAAACUUUAUGAAAGAAACGUACUAAAUGACCAAGACCGCGAGGAAAUACAAUCUGAGAUUAAGAGAAGAGGAGAUAUAGCUGCAGCGUGUAUGCUACUGUACAAAGUUCCAAGACGCGAACCCAAUUGGUUUAGUAUUUUUGUGACGGUUCUGCGCGAACUAAAAAUGGACUUUCUGGCAGAUCAACUCGAUGUCCCGACGCAUUCAAAAGUACCUAGUACAGUUUGCGUUACCUCACAACAAAUAAAUGGAGGUACAAUACAAGUACAAGAAGCAGUAGAACAUUCAACCCCUUGCAAACUCCGAACGACAUCAGUAUCUAACGAAUAUGUAUCAGCAGGACAACUGAAAUUCGGACUUGGCAGACCGCCACCAUUGCCUGCAAGAAGCAAAACAGUAGCCGAUCGAAACCCCGAUAAAGGUGGUGCACAAAGUGAAUAUGCAGACCAAGACAUUACAAGAAAGAAGGAUGAGAAUGCACAUAUACACAACCAGACAUUACACGAGAACCGCAAAUACUUGGGAUAUUCUGUUGAAUAUCCACAGCGUGUUCGAGAUCAACGGUCGGAACAAUUACGUUUGGAAGCGCAAUUAUGUGAUGAAUACAAGGAAUUGUGUAAUGCAUUCGAUUGUGCAAUAGAACGUUUUAAUGAAUCAUCGCCACAAACAAGCGAAAUACGUCAUUAUCGAGAAAGAGUAAAAAUAUUAGAUAGACAGUUAAGAUCAUUAAGUAAGGAAAGAAAACAUUCGAUAAGAACGGAGCUCAAAGAAGUUUGUGACCUUCACGUUGCGGUCAUUGGCAAUUACUCUGCAAGUAGCGAGGAAGAAAAUCAUUACACAUCGACCUUCGAUGGAGAAAUAAUAUAUCCCGACAAAGAUCAUAAUGAAAUCGCCAAACAUAUUGAUCAAGAGCUAGACGUCUAUUCAGGAAUUUCAAAAGAAAAGAUUAUAUGUGACGGUGUUUUAAAUUGUUUGAUUGUUAAAACAAUUGAUACGCCUUCACAUGAACAGUUUGAAAAUUACGAGGAGCCAUACAAAAGUUCAGUAUUUAUUGACGAACUUGCACAAACUGUAGAAUGGCGAAAAAGUGAAGAUUUAGGGGACUCGUCUGAAAAUAACAGUGUCGACGCUGAAUAUGAAACGACAGAUGUUGAAAAACGAACAUCUGCUAUAAGUGAAAUAUCUGAACUAAAACAAAUGAUUGGCGAAUUAAAAAGAAUCUGCCUGACAUCGAAUGAAACAAUAGGGAAUCUUCAACGUCAAAUGGAAGAAAUGGAUAAAUUCGUAAGAAAUGAGAAAGCAGAAAGCAAGUCAUUGAACAAUAUUGACGAUAAACAUGGUUAUGUAACGUGUAUGCAACCCCCAACAUAAAAUUAUCAUUUAUUGGGCAUAACUAACCGCGCUACACUUUGAAAUCUCUUUCUUUGUAAAUACGUACCCUACUUAGAUUGAAGUCUGAAGGGUACAAGUCAGGUGUAUCAACAAUGUGACAUGCUUUUUUAGCUGGCUUGCUUUUUUGCUGAUUACUCAGCUAACAUAGUGAAUUAAAAAGUGAUUUUGGUAUCAAAUUGAAGAGGAAUACUUCCUAUAUACAGUGUUGAAAAAAGUGGAAUAAAAAAUGAAUCAGGAAUAGGAUAUUGAUGUUAAAUGACAAUUUUCUUUGUCUGCUGGAAAAAUAGAAAUUGAUAUCCAAUAGAGCCAAAUAGUGCAGAGGGAUUAAAUCAGCAGUGUUAAUAACAAUUAUUGGAUUACUGAUCAGCUCUGAUCAGCUCUGCUAUCACAACACGGACUACAAGUGACUUAAUAAACCAAACAUACUUUAAAGCUGUUAUAUCGCUACCUCAGCAAAACUCCUUCAUGAGUGAAAAGGAGUCUUCAAAAGGGUUGAAAAAAUACCAACCACCUUGUAAAAAUGCCCGCCAAAGGUGAAGAAAGACCAAAACGCACCAACUCAGAAGUCAGUAAUGAUAGUCUGAAUGAUGGCUCAAUCAAGCAACAACUUGAGUCCAUGGAUCAGUCUCUAAAAUACUUAACAACUGAAAUGAAAUCUAUUUUGAAAAGAGAAGAAAUUGAAAGCCUGAUUUCUAACACUCUGUCCUCCAUCCUUUCUGAAGUAGAAAAGCGCAAUGAAGAAAGACUAACCCAAUUAAAAAAUGACAUUGCCAAAGAAAUGGAAGCAAAAUUACAACAAACUGUUUGUAAACAAGUCGAAGAAAAAUUUAAAGACCUGACUGAACACAUCAAGGGUCUAGAGUUCGAAAACGAAACUCUCAAAGAAACUAUUUCCUCAAUAAAAAAUGAUUAUAGUAAAAGCAUUGAAAAUAUCACCACACAAGUAAAUGAAAAUGCACACAAAUGCAAUGAUGCUAUAAAGCGCUCAAAUUAAAACGAGCAGUAUUCACGUAAAAAUAAUAUAAAAAUAAUGGACAUACAAGAAGAUCACCAGGAAUCUAUUCCAAACCUAACUUCAAAGGUAAUAGGGCUACUUCACGAUAAAGGAGUUAAACUCCAAAACGACCAAAUACUCGAAAUUCACAGAAUACCAAGUAAGAAAGGACAAAUCAGACCAGUGCUUUUGAAGUUAAAGUGUAACAAUGACAAAACAAUAAUUAUGCGCAAAAGGAAGGAAAUGAAGGCAGCAGGGCACAGACUAGUUGACGAUGUUACAGCUCUCAACAGUGCAUUGAUGAAUAGACUGUCCCUACAUCCAGCCAUAGAGACCACUUUAUUUUUCAACGGUUCCGUGUUUGCGCUCACCAAGAAUCAAGAGCGCAUAAAGUUUGACAUCCAUAACAAUAUCAACAGUGUCAUAAGCGAGUACCGGGAAAACCGUCCGAAAUAAACAAUUAUCUGUUUAGACAGUGUGGACAUACCAGGACGUUUGCUAGUAAGAAAAUAAUCGCACAAAUUAUAUUUUAUGAUUAAUUGUCAUUCAAUCAUUUAGGGCUUAUUCUUAACAAUAUUGUCAAAAAGUGCUUUCUCUAUCUAAAAACUGCUGUCAAAACAAAGUUUUUUUUUUCUCUGUAUUGUUAAAUUCUCUAAACGAAAAUGACUGAACUGCUUUAAAAUUACAUGACUACUAGAUUGCAGAAGCAUUGCAUUAUUUGUGUAUGAAGAUCAACUGUUGUAUUUAGGGAUUAAUGACACUGUAUUUAGCUGGUAACUAUUGUUGAAAUAUAAUCAAGUCCUUAAUGUAUUGUGAAAAAUAUCUCACUGAAUAUUCAGCUCUAAAUUGUAUGGCAGUUCAAAUCUUUUUUUGUAAAAGGCUUUACAAAUAUCCUGAGACACUCCAAUAGCUCAAUAAAUGCAUACAGGUUAUUUUGAACAUAAACAUGUGUAUAUUGAUCUAACAUGUAUGAAUGUUUUUACACUAUUAUGUGCUAACAUGUAUGAACGUUUACAUUAUUAUGCAUUUUAUUAAAUAUAGCAUGGCUAUUACAUUAUUAUGUACUUUAUUAAAAAAACAUGGCUAAACAUUUAACCUGUACAUUAAUAAUAUAUAAUCACUAUACAAAUACUGUAGAUAAUAUAUGCUGUUUCAUAAAAAAAUGAAAAAGUAAUAAGAAACACGGUUUAUAGCAUAUUUCUCCACUUAAUGGAAAAACAAUCUUUGUGUUUUUGUUAUGCUAAUACAAUUUGGCAUUUGUGUAAUGUGUCAUUUAAACUGUUUAAUUUUAAUAAUGUGUAUAGUCAUCAUGUUAAUUAAAAAACAAUCAAUUUUUUGCUAUGCUAACAAUUUGGCAUUUUUGUAACGUGUCAUUUAAAUUGUUUAAUUUUAUUAAUAUGUAAUGUCAUAAUGUUAUUCAACUCCUGCCAGCAGGUAACUAUUGUUGAAAUACAAUCAAGUCUUUUGUGUAUUGUGAAAAUAUCUUAAUAUUCAGCUCUAAAUUGUAUGGCUAGUUCAUAGCAGUUCAAAUCUAUUUUUGUAAAAGGCAUUUCCAACUUCCUGACACACUUCAAUAGCUCAGUAAAUGCAUACAGGUUAUUUUUAGUAAUAUUUUUUCCACUCUAAAACUGUUCCAUUUACCUACUGCACACAUGUACAUUUGUAAAUUGAUCUAACAUGUAUGAAUGUUUACAUUAUUAUAUGUUUUGUUAAAUGUAGCAUGGCUAAACAUUUAACCUGUAAAUUGAUCAAAUAUAACCACUAUACAAAUACUGUAGAUAAUAUAUGCUGAUUCAUAAAAAAUGAAAAAGUAAUAAGUAACAAGGUUAAUAGCAUAUUUUUUCACUUAAUUGAAAAACUAUCCUUUUUUGCUAUGCUAAUAUAAUUUGGCAUUUGUGUAAUGUGUCAUUUACACUGUUUAAUAUGAUUAAUGUGUAAAGUCAUUAUGUUAAUUGAAAAACACUUAAAUGUUUUGCUGUACUAAUACAAUUUGGCAUUUGUGUAAAGUGUCUCUUAAAUUGUUUAAUUUGAUUAAUGUAGGUCAUAUUGUUAUUCACCUCCUGCCAGCAGGUAACUAUUGUUGAAAUACAAUCAAGUCCUUUACGUACUGUGAAAAUAUCUAACUGCUAGUUCAUAGCAGUUCAAAUCUUUUUUUGUAUAAGGCUUUUUCAAUAUCCUGACACACUCCAAUAGCUCAAUAAAUGCAUACAGGUUAUUUUUCAUGAAAUUUGUUCCCCUCUAAAACUGUUCCAUUUAUCUGAUGCAGUUACUGCACACAUGUACAUUUGUAAAUAAAUCUAACAUGUAUGAAUGUUAAUGUGCAUUUGUAAAUUGAUCUAACAUGUAUGAAUGUUAACACAAUUAUGUGCUUUAUUAAAUAUAGCAUAGCUUAACAUUUAACCUGUAAAUUAAUCAAAUAUAAUCACUAUACAAUGUAGAUAAUAUAUGCUGUUUCAUAAAAAAUGAAAAAAUAAUAAGUAACAAGGUUUAUAGCAUAUUUAAUAGUUAAUAGAAAAAUCUUUUUUUGCUAUGCUUAUAUAAUUUGGCAUUUGUGUAAUGUGUCAUUUAAACUGUAUAAUUUGAUUAAUGUGUAAAGUCAUCAUGUUAAUUGAAAAACAAUCAAUUUUAUUUUUUUGCUGUACUAAUACAAUUUGGCAUUUGUGUAAAGUGUCAUUUAAAUUGUUUAAUUUGAUUAAUGAGUAAAGUCAUUAUGUUAUUCACCUACUGCCAGCAGGUAACUAUUGUUGAAAUACAAUCAAGUCUUUUAUGUAUUGUGAAAAUAUCUAACUGAAUAUUCAUCUCUAAAUUGUAUGGCUAGUUCAUAGCAGUUCAAAUCUAUUUUCGAAUAUGUUGCGGUUCUCAUGAGAUUUUAUAUAAAAACAACAUGCGAAUCAAAGCCUAUUUAUUGCUUCAAUAAUUUUUAUAAACAGGGACUACUUUGGAUCAUAAUAUUGCAAUGCUCAAAAGCUAACCUGUUUGUGUGUGUGUGUGUGUGUGUGUGUUUGUGUUUGACAUUCAUAUUUUAAAACUGAGUAUUUGGUACAAAAACAGCAUGCUAUGCUAUUUCACUUGUUGUAAAUGUUUCACUUAAAUACAGAUUUGGACACCUGUGUAAUGAACAAACUUUUUGUAUUUGAUGUACAUAUUUUUAACAUUAAGUUCAUAACAAACUGUUAUUUUUUACGUUUAUUGGUAAUUGGGUUCUUUCGUAUGAUGUACCAAAAUUAUAAUUUAAACUUCACAAUCUAUACAAAUGGUUGACUUUAAGAUUUUAUCUUACAACUGCCGUGGCCUUAACGACUAUAAAAAACGUAAUGAUGUAUUAACCAAAAACCAAAACCAAAAAGCAAAUGCAUAUUGUUUACAAGUUACAGGUAUCUAUUCAGUGGGAUGGGGAUUGUUAUUUCAGUCAUGGUACUUCUAACUCUAGAGGGGUUUGCAUUUUGUUUAAAAAGAAUACAGCAGUAACUAUUCAUGCCACCAUAACAGAUCAAACUGGAAAUUACUUACUCUUGUAUUUAACAUUUGAUACAAAACGAUUUACUCUAUGUACUGUAUAUGGACUCAAUACUGAUAAACCAGAUUUUUAUGCUCAGCUUUUUUCUAAAAUUGACAUAUUCGGAAAUGACACCUAUGUCAUAUGUGGGGAUUUUAAUCUUGUACAAGAUACUAAACUAGAUUAUUCAAAUUAUAAAAACCUAGAUAACAACAAAAAGUCAAGAGAAUUUUUAUCUAAUGUUAUAAAUGAUAGAAGCUUAAUAGAUACGUUUAGAUUAAUCAAUGGUGAUGUUAACCAAUAUACAUGGAGAAAACCAAAUACUCUUCAGCAAGCCUGACUAGAUUUCUUCCUUGUCACUAGCAAUCUUGUGCAGCAUAUAAGACAAUCUGAAAUUAAAGCUAGCUACAAAUCUGACCAUUCAGUUAUAACUUUAGAUUUAAAUCUCUGUGAAGUAACCCAUGGUAAAAGACUCUGGAAGUUCAACAAUUCAUUAUUAAAUGAUGAAGAAUAUCUAAAUAUUAUUAAAUCAAAAAUUGAAGAAAUUAAAAAACAGUAUUUCCUACCUGUUUAUAAUACAAAAUUACUUAAUACUAUUGAUGAUAACUUGUUGCAAUUUACUAUAAAUGAUCAACUAUUUUUAGAAACUCUUCUAAUGGAAAUUAGAGGCAAAACAAUAUAUUUUUCAUCUUACACGUCUAAACAGAGGAACGAUAGGGAAUCUUUUCUUUGAAAACAAAUUGAAACACUUGAAGAAAAUAUUAAUGAAACGAACAUUGAUGCGCUAAAUUUACUGCAACAGGAACUAUCAAAUAUACGUGAAACUAAAUUAAAGGGAUCAUUCAUACGAUCAAGAGCAAAAAGGAUAGAUGAUGGUGAAAAACCUACAAAAUAUUUUUGUAAUUUAGAAAAACAACAUUCAUCUAGUAAAACUAUUCCUUAUAUUAUAAACAAUGAUGGCAAAAAUGUAUAUGAUCAAAAUGAAAUUUUAACUGAAGCUGCUAAAUAUUACAAAACUUUAUAUACAGAAACAAUAACAAAUGAAAUCAAUAGUAAUUCUGACAUCUUGAAUGAGCUAGAACAAUAUCAAAUAAUUAAACUAAGUAAUGAGGAAUCUCAGACAUUAGAAGGCUUGCUGACAAUUGAAGAAAUCUCUGCUACACUAAAAAAUAUGAAAAAUGAGAAGAGCCCAGGCUCAGAUGGCUUCACAACAGAGUUUUCAAAAUUUUCUGGAAGGAUCUUAAAUUUUUUAUUCUCAGAAGUCUAAAUUAUGCCUUCAUCUCAGGAUCCUUAUCAAUAACACAAAAACAGGGAAUCAUAACAUGCAUACCAAAAGAAAACAAACCAAGACAAUUCUUACAAAAUCUUAGACCUUUAACACUUUUAAAUGUUGUUUAUAAGAUAGCCUCAGGUACAAUUGCAAAUAGAUUAAAGACUGUUCUGGAUAAACUUAUUUCCAACGACCAAACUGGCUUUAUCAAAGGCAGAUAUAUUGGAGAAAACACAAGACUACUAUACGAUAUUUUAAAAUACACAGAAGAUAACAAAAUACCUGGACUUUUAAUGACAUUGGACUUUGAAAAGGCCUUCGAUACACUCUCCUUUAAUUUUAUUGAAAAAACCUUACUUCAUUUUAAUUUUGGUACAACGCUCAGAAAAUGGGUCCGUUUCUUCUUAUGUAACACCAUGACAACUAUUCAGAUUAAUGGGUAUCUAUCAGAUUUCAUAAGAAUUGAAAGAGGAUGCCGUCAAGGAGACCCAAUCAGCUCAUGUAUCUUUAUUUUAAGCGCAGAAAUUUUGGCUAUUCUAAUUCGAAACUCAAAAAACUUAAAAGGAAUUAAAAUAGAAAAUGUUGAAUAUAAGAUAUCUCAAUUUGCAGAUGACACCUCUCUUUUGUUAGAUGGUUCUGAUAUCUCACUUAAUGCUGUUUUGCAGUUAUUACAUAAUUUUGCUUCAGAGUCUGGAUUGAAAAUAAACUUUGACAGAACAAAUUUGAUAUGGAUAGGUUCAAAAAAAUAUAGCACUCACUCAAUUAAAACUAAGUACAAACUUCAGUGGGGCACAACAAAUUUUAAAGUGUUAGGCAUUAUAUUUGAUGUAGAUUUAAAGAAAAUGGUUGAGUCAAAUUUUCAAAACAAAAUAGCAAGUUUACAAAGUGUAAUACAAUUUUGGAAAAGAAGAUAUCUUACACCAUUAGGAAAGAUAAUCAUAGUUAAAACAUUGUUGCUUCCCCUUUUGACACACUUAUUUAUUUCCCUUCCUAGCCCAGGAUCCAAUAUUUUGAAACAAAUACAAAAUUGUUUUAAUAACUUCAUAUGGAAUGGACCUAAUAAAAUAAAGCAUAAUAUACUUAUAAAAUCUUAUGAAGAUGGAGGGCUCAAUAUGAUUGAUAAUUACUCAUUUGAAAAAAGUAUGAAGCUAACAUGGAUAAGGAAAUUAGUAACAUGUACAGGAAAAUGUUUCCAACUUGUGUAUUCACUGUUUGAUGUUAAAAAAAUGAUAAAUAUGGGAAAUGCUUAUAUAGACAAAAUUGUUGAAAAUCUCACAAACUCUUUCUGGAAGGAUGUGCUGAAAUAUUAUAGAAUGUACAUAAACAAAAUUAAAAUAAGAAAACCUGAUGAUGUACUUGACAUGCCACUUUUUUAUAACAACAGCUUAAAGAUCGGUGAUAAUAGUUUUUAUGAAAAGAGCAUGUAUGAACGUGGCAUACGAUUUAUAAGAGACAUAUUAUGUACCUCUGGACAAUUCAAGUCUAAGCAAGAAAUUGAAGCUUGUACAGGUAAACAUAUCAAUUCUUUAUUCUACGAAGGUCUAAAAAGAUCUGUAGCAAAUUUCAUUAAAACUCAGGUUUUGCAUCUGUAAAAGCAACAUCCAAUGAUGGAGCUUAUAUUUCUUGGUACCUUUAAUUUGUUUUUGCCCAGAAACAAAAUAAACUAGUAUAUGAAACUAUUAUUUCAAACACUUAACAACCUUCAAGUGAAACAAAAUGGAAUGCAAUAUUUAAUAAUAUUGACUGGAAGUAUGUGUACAGCUUUGUUUUUGAAAUAACCAGAGAUACAUAUUUACAAUGGUUACAUACUAGAAUAAUAAAUAGAAUCAUAGAAUUUUAGGUACUAAAUAUCUGCUUUUUAAAAUGAAAAUCGUUGAUGAUAAUAAAUGUACUUUUUGUAAUCAAAAUGAGGAAACUUUAACUCACCUUUUCUGGGGUUGUGAGCACAUCCAAAAAAUUGUUCAACAUGUUUCGAACGUAUUGAAUAUAAAUAAUGUCAAUAUGCCUUCACUCUCUUGCCAAGACAUGAUUCUAGGAAUUUGUAUGGAAAAAAUGAAUCCUAUCAAUAUAUUGCUUCUUGAAAUUAAAAAAUAUGUCUUCCUGUGUAAACAAACAAACAAAAUCCCCAAUGUUCAGGACUUAAGAGAAGUCUACUUUUAUCAUGGGAAAUCCAAAAGCAGACAACUAUUCAAAAUAAUGAAUUUCCUAAUUGGUCAGUUGUAAGAAUACUCAUAGAAUGAACCCAAGCCAAUAUAUUUCAUUGUUACAAAAUAUUUACAAGUAAACAUUUUUUAGUACACUGGUGACAUGCCAUUUUUUCUUCAAACUUUUUUAAUUUGUGUAUUUACAUAUACAUUAAUAUUUAUUAACCUCCCAGAUAGAUAAAAAUUAUAUGUGUUAUUUGUGCAUGUACAUUUAUUAUAAUACUUAUAUUAUAAUAUAAUGAAUUCGUGUAAUAUUUUUUGCAAUGUUUAUGUAUAUGUAUAUCUAUAUAUAUUAAUCUUGAGCUACUAACACAAUCUUUUGUAAGGUAUGGAGCAGGAUGGCCUCGACCUGCGCAUACCUAUGGACGAGGUUAAUAAAGACUAUAUAUAUAUAAAAAAAAAAUUAGAUUGAAGUCUGUACACCCAUUAUUGCUGCUUCUUCGCUUCUUCCUGUAUAUGCACGAUGAUGAUCUGAAAUAUUAACUAUAUGAUGCUUUAUUCUUAAAUCUUUUUUCUAAAAAGAAGGGAUGUAGUUGACACUUGUUUGUAAUUUCAUUUAAUUGUUCCUAAAAAAUUUGUAACUCUGUUGCUCUGGUCUCCUUCCUACCAUUGAGUAAUAAAAUUGUAUUUAAAUUAAA